AUGCUGGAACCAGAUUCGGAGCUCGCAGACGAAGUUGAAGAUGAAGAAGAAGAAGAAGAAGAAGGAACAGAGGAUUCAUCGUCGCCUCCAAGCUCUUGCUCGCAAGGCCACCGAUGUUCUCUCAACCUCAGGACUCGACAUGGAGGCGCCAUUUGCUUGCUCUGCCUCUCCAACCUCCUCACCGCCCCUCGCCCGCCCACCGUCCACGUCUCCUACGCCCUCUCCCAGCUCUCUCGAGCCCUCUCCGACCCCCCGUUCCUCCGAUCUCUCCUCACCUUCCACGCCCACCUCCUCGUCUCCCCUCUCGUCCAUGCGCUCUGGGCCUCCGACGACGAGCCGAUUGCUUGCCAGAUCAUCGACCUGGUCGUCCUACUGUCGGAUUCCGGCCGCGAAUCGGCAUUGGCUUGUGAGUUCGCGUCUAGGGUUUCGGGCCUGCUCUGUUCUCGCGCGCUGGGGUGGAGCCGACGCCAGGUGCAUGUGCUCCACUGCUUUGGAAUCCUUCUAAACCAUGGGACAAUUGAUAUUUAUGCCUCAAUUAAAGAUAAACACGCCCUUGUUGUUCAUCUUGUGGAUGGUCUUCAACUGCCGAGUGGCGACAUCCAGGGGGAGAUAUUAUUUGUGCUGUACAAGUUGUCAGUCCUCCAGCGGGAAUAUGGGGAUGGUGACAAAAGUGAGCCUUUUGUUACUUGUAGUCCCAAGCUCGUUCAUCUGCCGUUGGAUGUCCUCUUGAAGACCCAAAGUGAUGAUGUUCGCCUGAACUGUGUAGCAUUUAUGUCGAUGCUGGUUCAGAGAGGGCUUCUCAAAGAUCCGUAUGAUGAUUGUAUGAGCAACUUGAGUUCUGUUGAAGCUGAUAGUCUCGCACAAGCUACAGAUGAUUUAUCAGACCUCUGCACCUUAUUUUCAGAGGCCAUCAAAGGUCCAUUGCUUUCAUCAGAUGGACAAGUCCAAAUGGGCACAUUAGAGUUAAUUGCCUAUUAUUUACGUGAACUAAAUUCAGUCAAGCAGUUUCAACUUUUGGUGGAAGCCAAUAUUGCGGAUUAUGUAUUCGAAAUCCUCAGGUUAUCAGAAUGCAAAGAUCCUGUCAUCAGCUCUUGCCUUGGAGUUCUUGAUCUCCUGUCAAAUGCUGGACAAGCUUUUACACAGAGACUUGCAGUUGGCUUUGCUUCUCUAAUUCCUGUCUUUGCUUAUGUUGCCGAAGUGCCUUUUCAUCCUGGUCAGCUUCAGCUACUGAAGCUCGUCUUUAGUUGCAUUUCUGACUGCCCUGGAGUGGCAUCAACUUCACAAAGUGAACAACUAGCUGUUAUUUUGGCGAGGAUGCUUAGAAGAUAUGAUUAUGGCGAAACAGGCAUGCUUUCAGAAUCAUUCAUGCUGUCAUUAAAAGAUGCCAUUUUGGCUUGUCUAAGUGCCACCAGAGAGCAUACAUACCUCCUCCUGCAUUCCUUGCUUCUACUGAAAGAGGCCUUUGCUUAUGGUUAUGGAGGUUACCCUGUCAGCAACUCCUACAACAAUGGAUUGGAAAAUUGUGUCAUUGAUAUAUGUAGACGAUCGCUAUUGCCUUGGCUAUGGACAUCCAUCAAAGGAGAAGGGGAGGAUGAGGAAACUGUCCUGGGUGUGCUUGAUAUUUUCCAUGCAAUACUUCUUCACAGCUAUGACAACCAAACUAGUGAAUUCAUAGAGGACCUGAUCUCUAGUUCUUGGUUCACCUUCUCAUUCAGCUGUUUGGCUUUAUAUCCUACAGAGAGGAUGAAAAGCCGAAUUUAUUUGAUGAUGAGUUCCCUCAUGGAAGUUCUACUCGGAAAUGAUUGUGGGCAGAACAUUAGGGAUACUGUGUCUUACCUUCCAUCUGAUCCAAAUGAUUUGCUGUUUCUCCUAGGGCAACAGAGCUCCCAUAAUGUGCAGUUAUCCUUUUGUCAAUCUGUGGUCCUCCAAAUUUUGUAUUGCAGUUCUUUGUCUGAUGAAAGGCUUGCAGCUGAUAAAAUAGUGUUAGCUUCCAUUGAACAAUUUAUCCUUGUCAAUGGGUGUGAUCCAACACGCACUUCUAUGAGUUCAUCAACUGUUAUUCAACUAGUUGCUGUAUAUAGUCUGUAUUGGGGUCUUGCCAAGAUGAGCUACCAAAUGCCAUAUAGUCCAGAAGCUGAGAGGCUCUUUAUACAACUAGUCACCAAAAGUGAAUGGGAUCUGUUGUCUGCUAGAAUUCACCCUAGGUCACUUAAAUGGUUGUUUCAACAAGAGAAACUCUGUGAAUCACUGUCUUGUCAGAUCUUGACAUUCUGCAGAAUUAGUCCUAAAUCUGACAACUCAUUAAUUGUCCAUGGGAGAAAGGUUCAUGGUCUGGAUGUGCAGUUGAUUGCAGAAUUGAUGGCAGCAGAAAACAAUUAUGCUGCAAAACUACUUGUGUACAUAUUUGAAGAGGUUGUCACAGAAAAUAACCAAGAGAAUGACUUGACUUCAGUAUUGAAUCUCAUGGAAGAUGUCAUACGUAUCUUUCCUGAGGCUUCUAACAGAUUAUGCUUGAAUGGAAUAGCAAAGGCAAUUCACAUCUUCUAUAACAAGUCAAACCCAUCCUCACAGGUAUACACAGCCAUAGCAGUUUUCAUUUUCAACCUAUUGAGUUCAGUUGACUCAGAUGCUCUUGCUGAUGAUGAAGCUUGGGUUGCAGUUGCUUUGAAGGUUAGCUAUCUGAACUUUUUAGUUUAUCAAAGAGAAAGGCUGAUGCAUUUCGGACCUCCUCUUGUCAAGCUCGUCGCUUCAUACUGCCUGUUGGAGUUGUUUAUUAGGUUAUCCGAACAAAGAGACAGCGAGCAUGAGGAACUAUGCACGAAUAAAUACUGGAUGUCACUGAUGGCUGUAGUUGAAGGCUUGCUUUUGUACAAUGAUACCAGAGUGGCAAUGAACAGUAGCCUUUGCCUCACAAUGAUCUUGAAGUGGGAAACACAGGAAGUGGCAGAAAUAUUCAACAGGAGAAGAAUGUGGUGCAGAUUGAUUUUGGAAGAGUUGGUGAUAUCUCUGGCAGCUCCGUCUUUAGCGUCUAAAUCUUCCACUAAUCAUCACAAGGUUGUUAUCAUCGUAGCUGUAGCACUACUGAAGCUACCUAAAGUUCCAGAAUGGCUGCGGUCUGUGUUUAAUGAUACCUUCUUGACUGGUAUACUUGGAAACCUCACAGGCAGUAACUUGAGCGCAGAGAUUUUCCUCCUAUUGCGUGAGCUGUUGAACUCUAAGCUCCUGCGUGCUGCUGAUCAUGUGGCCAACCUAAACAGGGUGCUUCAGGAAUCCACGAGGCACACGUACGGUCAAAACAUGAAAGCAGAAAGCAAAGAGAAAUGUCCAAAGAAGGUUAUCGCUGUUGACGACGACGUGGGAGCAACUAUCGAUUUUCUUGUCGAUCUGAUUACUUCUGAUUCACGACGAGCAGAGGCUUAUGGAGGACUUCAAAUCGGCAAGGAGAAAUUGCUGGACGAGAUAGAAAUGUUUUUCAGGUCGACAGCAGCACGUGAUGUUACGAGAAACUCAUAG